AAUGUCGGAAACGUUUUAUAAAUGUGGUGGUUGAGGCCAACAAGGGCUAUGGGGCCGCUAUGAAUAACACGAGACUACUGACUGAUAUAUUUCUUUAGGGGAGGCUGCAGUUACUCUGUCUGGACUAUGGCACCGUGAACUACUAGGCUAAUCAAAGCAUCUGAGGGAAUUUCCCGUUCCACCUUAAAUCUGGUUUGUUUGUGAAAAAUAUGGAGACGUUCUCUUUUUACGUGGAAGGGUGAAAGCCCCGCCCUGUGAACACUUGCAAUGCACGAGUGAACUUCAACUGUCAAAAGUGGAGGACACAUUAGCUUUUGAGCUGUGCGUUUUUCAAUUAUCAGCAUCGCCUUUGUAAGUGAUCGCACAUCAAACGCUGUAGGUGUGAUCGAGGCGCAAUUUGUGCACAAAGCGCCGGAGUGCACGGAGGCUGACGAUCUGGAGGGAUAAAGAGUGUCGUCCUAGAAGUGAACAAGUUUUUGGUUGUUUUGGGGGGCCGUUUGUUGCCAAUAUGUCCAGGAAUCCCACAUUCGUGAGUCCAUUCCACAGACCCCAUUGUUUGGCCGCUGCCGCCCAGGCAGGAAAAGCCAAACUCACCCACCCUGGCAAAGCCAUUCUAGCAGGUGGUAUUGCUGGAGGAAUAGAGAUCUGUAUUACAUUCCCUACAGAGUAUGUGAAGACUCAGCUGCAGUUGGAUGAGAAGGCCAACCCUCCCAGAUAUAAAGGCAUCGUUGACUGUGUGAAGCAGACGGUAGACGGUCAUGGGGUGAGAGGUCUAUACAGAGGGCUCAGCUCACUGCUCUAUGGCUCCAUACCCAAAGCAGCUGUCAGGUUUGGUGUUUUUGAGUUCCUCAGUAAUAAGAUGCGUGAUGAGAGUGGGAAGCUGGACAGUACCCGGGGUCUUCUCUGUGGGCUGGGGGCUGGAGUGGCUGAGGCUGUGGUGGUGGUCUGCCCCAUGGAGACGGUCAAGGUAAAGUUUAUCCAUGACCAAUCGUCAGCCAACCCAAAGUACCGGGGAUUCUUCCAUGGAGUCAGGGAGAUCGUCAGAACAGAAGGCCUGAGGGGGACGUACCAGGGUCUGACAGCCACGGUACUGAAACAGGGAUCCAACCAGGCCAUCCGCUUCUACGUCAUGACAUCUCUAAGGAACUGGUACAAAGGUGAAGAUCCUAACAAGGCCAUUAACCCUCUGGUCACGGGAGCAUUCGGAGCCUUCGCUGGAGCUGUCAGUGUGUUUGGAAAUACUCCUCUGGAUGUCAUCAAAACCAGGAUGCAGGGUCUGGAGGCUCACAAGUACAAAAGCACCCUGGACUGUGCCGUCAAGAUCAUGAAGCAUGAGGGACCUAAAGCGUUCUAUAAGGGUACAGUCCCCAGGCUGGGCAGGGUGUGUAUGGACGUAGCCAUCGUCUUCAUAAUCUACGAGGAGGUGGUGAAGGUCCUUAACAAAGUCUGGAAGACCGACUGAGAUCACGUUUCCGUGGCAACCAGCAGAGUGGAGAACCCCCGGCAAGGCGGGGCUAUGGCCUGAUUCCAAACCCAAUCCCGUUGCCCUUUCCUUAGGUUAUCCAUGACUUGCUACCUCCUUACA